AUGAAGACUCGCGAUCGUGGCACACUUUCCAAAAUUCCGCCGGGAUCUGACAUCUUCGAGGCCUUUGCUAAGGUCAGAGCAGACAAAGACCUUACAGAUGAGGAGGCGUUCCUUGAGCUACUAGCAACUUAUGAUAUUCCGCUGUCCACUCUCACACAGGUUUCAGCCAAGAAACUGGAAGUCUCCUUUUCUAGUGUGACAUACAAGCAUAUUGCGCCAUACGUAUGGUUAGAUCCUAAUUACGCAGGUCGAGAUAUGUUACAACUAGAUAUCGUUCGAUCUCGGAUUCCUACUGGCAUAUUUCGUGAUAUUUACCGUUGUCAACAAGCCAGGGACCCUGCUGGAGGGUGA